UGCGCGACUCCGGGCAGCUCCUCGGUGAUCGGCCCCGCCGGGUGGCCAAGAGCUCCGCCCGGGGGCGCCCCGGGGUCCCUGUUGCUACGGGCGCCGAGGGGGCGGAUCCCGCCCGGGCCGGCCAGGGCCGAGGGAGACACCCCAAGAGCCCCGCGCCCUGGCAUCAUGUGCCACGCCGCGCCUCCUCCAGGGCCUGGGGCUGCACGGUCUGCUCGCUGAGCCCCCUGCGGUUCUCACCGCAGAGAGUGGCACCGAGAAGGAGGAGGAGGAGGCGACACCCGGGAGAGCAGCGCCCGGACCGAUUCCGCCGCCUCUCCGCCCCCGAGAGCUGGCGGCUCCCGGGUUCUCCAGCCUUAUCAUGCUCUGGGCGCCAGCCGGGUUUUAGGAGAAACUGAGACGCCGGCCGGAGCGAGUCCCGGCAAUUCUUUGGUUGCUAAGUGUGAGAGAAGACACUCAGGAUGGCUCAGGGAUCCGGGGACCAGAAAGCAGUGGGGAUCGCUGAUCCAGAAGAGAGUUCUCCCAACAUGAUUGUCUACUGCAAAAUCGAGGACAUCAUUACCAAGAUGCAAGAUGACAAGACAGGGGGUGUACCCAUCAGAACAGUUAAGAGCUUUCUCUCCAAAAUCCCCAGUGUCGUCACAGGUACGGACAUUGUGCAGUGGCUCAUGAAGAACCUUUCCAUUGAGGACCCAGUUGAAGCAAUACACCUGGGAAGCCUUAUCGCCGCCCAGGGCUACAUCUUCCCAAUCUCAGACCAUGUCCUCACCAUGAAAGACGAUGGCACCUUUUACCGUUUCCAGGCUCCUUACUUCUGGCCUUCAAACUGCUGGGAACCUGAGAACACUGACUAUGCCAUCUACCUCUGUAAGAGGACAAUGCAGAACAAGGCGAGACUGGAACUGGCAGAUUACGAAGCAGAAAAUUUGGCAAGACUCCAGAGGGCCUUUGCAAGGAAGUGGGAAUUCAUCUUUAUGCAAGCAGAGGCACAAGUGAAGAUUGAUCGGAAAAAGGAUAAGACAGAAAGGAAAAUUUUGGAUAGUCAAGAACGGGCCUUUUGGGAUGUCCACAGGCCAGUGCCAGGCUGUGUGAACACAACGGAAAUGGAUAUCAGAAAAUGUCGACGUUUGAAGAAUCCUCAAAAGGUUAAAAAGUCAGUGUAUGGUGUGACUGAAGAGUCCCAGUCACAGAGUCCAGUGCACAUACCAAGCCAGCCAAUCAGAAAAACAACAAAGGAUGACAUUCGAAAACAGAUAUCAUUUUUGAACGCACAGAUUGACAGACAUUGUUUGAAAAUGUCCAAAGUGGCUGAAAGCUUAAUCGCUUACACAGAGCAGUAUGUGGAGUAUGACCCUUUCAUCACGCCAGCAGAGCCAUCUAAUCCUUGGAUCAGCGAUGACAUCACUUUAUGGGACAUAGAGAUGAGCAAAGAGCCCAGUCAGCAGCGAGUAAAACGAUGGGGCUUCUCUUUUGACGAGAUGCUGAAGGACCAGGUGGGGCGGGACCAGUUCCUUCGAUUCCUGGAGUCGGAAUUCAGUUCAGAAAAUCUCAGGUUCUGGCUGGCUGUCCAAGAUCUCAAGAAGCAACCUCUGCAGGAUGUAGCCAAGAGGGUGGAGGAGAUCUGGCAGGAGUUCCUAGCUCCCGGGGCCCCAAGUGCAAUCAACCUGGACUCUCACAGCUAUGAGAUAACCAGUCAGAAUGUCAAAGAUGGAGGGAGAUACACAUUUGAAGAUGCCCAGGAGCACAUCUACAAGCUGAUGAGGAGUGACAGCUACGCCCGCUUCCUGCGGUCCAAUGCUUACCAGGACCUGUUGCUGGCCAAGAAGAAGCCAGAAAGUGAGCAAGGUCGUAGAACUUCCCUAGAAAAGUUCACUCGCAGUGUGUGCUGCUGGCGCAGAGUCAGAAUGGCCGCCGCGUUUCACCCCCGAGGUGGCUUCCUUCCAGCAGUGGGGAAAGUCGCUGGCGGGCAAGCGCCUCACGGGCCUGAUGCAGUCCUCCUGACCGCCCCCACCGCAGGGCCUGGGCCUGCAGAGCACCCCGGCAGACGGCGUUCCUCAUCCACCGACAGAGCUUCCUUGAGGGGAGAUUUGGUCACUGUGAAGGAGAAAGAGUGAAGGCCAGGGACAGCCAUGGUGGGGAGAUGUGGUGGGUGAAUGGGGAGACCAGAGAGAAAGAGUCUACCGGUGCUGGGCCAGCCGGGGAGAGGCCUCUGUUGACAGCCUCUCUCUUGUACAGUCUCGCACCGAUGCUCACUCUCUCCAAGGGCCCAUUUCUAACUUGGUCAGAGAAUGUCUCACGGGGUUCCUGUCUGACUGUCACUUGAGACGUUAACCUCACCUGUCCAGUCGUCUGGGGAAUCAUGCCUUCUAGCAAACUUCAGAGGGGUGAGCGGACCUGGGCACAUAGUAUUAUGCAUCACCUCCUUCCUCUCUCUGAUGCACUCACAGUGCUCACUGCCACCUGCCUUCCCCCCACUGGUAGCCGCCCGGGUAUAGCGGGUGCACGACAGACACUGCUUUCACAUAAAAUGUCAAAAAUCCCAUCUUCAGCACUGAUGGCACGUCAAGUUCUUUCCACCCUCUCUGAGACCAAAUUGUAAAGCGGUCUCUGUGGGUACGGUGGCCACCUCUGGUGCCAUAAAUGCCCAAGGGUCCAGAGCUCAAAGAGGCACCAGUGCAGAUGAUGGAGUGUGUUGCUUAAACACCGAAGGUUCUGGUGACAAUCUUUUAAAAAUAUUAUUUCUGCUUGUCUCAUGAUUUUGACCCUUGCACCUUGGUUUGUUCCCUCAUGUUUCACUCGAAAUAAACAUGGCCAUGAACUCA